CACACGCCAGAGAGAACUGCGCACACACACAUACAUACAUACAUACAUACAUACAUAGAUUCAGAUAUGGAGGUAGCCAUUUCUGCAAUUGCAGGUGACCUAAUCAACCGACUCAUGUCCUUUCUGAUGAAGAAAUACACAGAAAGCAUUUGUACGCAUGACAAGACGAAGAGGUUGCAGGAGCUCCUGAUCAGAGUCCGCGUAGUAGUCGAGGAAGCAGAUGGGCGAUGCAUCACAAAUCCUACCAUGCUAACGCAGCUCAACAUGCUUGCGAAGAGCAUGUAUCGAGGGUACUACAUGCUGGACAUGAUCAAGUACGAAUCUUCAGAUGAUGAAGAGCAGCAGGUUAUCAACAUUCUGUUGCAAAAUCAUGGCCAUCAGAGCUGCCCUCUUGUUCUCCCAAUCAUCGGUGGCUGCAGGGUUGGCAAGAAAGCUUUGGUCAGCCAUGUCUGUGGUGACGAGCGGAUCAGAUCAUACUUUUCUUCAGUUUUGUACAUCAACGGAGACAGCAUCCAGGGAAUAGAGGAUGCAAUGUUCUGCAAAGUGAGGACGUUGAUUGUAGUUGAAUUCUUCACUGACAUGGAUGAAGAGGACUGGGUAAAAUUCUACUCUACUGCAAGUCAAAUGACAGCCGCAGGAAGCAAAGUGAUAAUCAUAAGUAGGAUUGAAAAGCUUGCAAGGUUUGGAACAGUGAAGGCAAUUCAUCUGAACAGCUUGUCACAAGAGGAGUACAGCUACCUGUUCAAGAUGCUCGCAUUUGGAAGCAUCGACGAGAGGCACCAUCCUAAGAUGGCAGCAGUUGCAAAUGAUCUUGCAGUUGUCUUGGGUGGAUCACUGAUAACUGCAAACGUGAUUGCUGACCUGCUGAGAAGCAACCUGAAUCUCCAAUUCUGGCUCCGAAUACUGCGACGAUUUGGGGGCAUGGUGAAGAACAAUUUGUCGAAAUAUGGUGAGCAUCCGAAAGACAUCAUCGAGAAGGAGCAGCCGAUAGACAUCACCAGGUUUGCCUCGUCUUGCCCUAGUCGCCUUCGUCUGAUGCCACCUCGAGUAGAAAGGAGGAAUGAUGCUGAUCCAAACAAGAACAGACCAAGCAUGCUGUUUAGAGACCUGAUCGCUGGAUGCAAGGCGAUUCCAGAUGGUGAUUUUGAACUGGUGACAUGGGAGUCAAGAAUACCACCUUAUACCAAGUAUGUGCAGUCUGUUGCAGCUUUUGCCGAUGACACGAAGAAUGGACCUGCAACGUUUACAAGGAAGCGUCCAUUCAGCUGUUGAUUUGGUACAUUACAUGCUAAUAGAUAAAUAGAGUAAUCAACUAGUAAGACAUAAAUAAUUUUAGAGUGAAAUAGGAGUAUUGUGUACGUACAACAGUCGUUAACUGCACGACUAUAGCUUGUUUGGCUUUGAACAAUAUAUUCCACUUGUGCGUUUUUGUAUUGUUAGAGAAGGUUGUAAAUAUUAGUCAAAGUCUAAAUUUAAA